CCUCGGUGUUUACGGAUAGGUUUUGGUUUUCUUGUCCGAAACAAGGACUCAAAACGCGAGUCCACAAGACGCAGAAUAGGAAACCAUGGAUCUUGUAGAACUAAGUGUUCAUAGUACAAUCUCUCCUUCUACUUUCUCUCUCUAGGGUUUAAACUUAGUAUCUCUCUCUAGAGUUGAAGAAGCAGAUACAGGGGUCUGGUGCAUCUUGGUUUGGGAGGAUGAGGUUUGUGUGAGCUUUAAACAUGCUUUCUUCUCGGUCGAGCUGCUGGAUUCUCCCUUUCAAUCUCUCCAGAAGAAGGAAUUCUCCUGGAUUCUCUCUUUCUCUCUCCACUACCUCAUACCCUUUCAACCCAGCAAGAAGAAGGAAGCCCCAUUUGCUCCCUCUCUCUCUCUCUACCCCUUGUAGAGCGGCCAAGCAGCAGAGUGGCUCCCGGAAAAGGAGCAGAAAUGGGUAUGGCAAGAAAAGCUCUGGAAACUCUCCUCCCACAGUGGUGGAUAAUGACGAAAAUGCCCCUGGACGUUCUCCCUCCCCUCCUAUGAGCUUGCCCAACCAUCCAAUGCCCAAGCCCCCGGCUGGUUUCGUACUCGACGGUGAUGGAAAGGUCGUCUUGGCGUCUUCGAGGCGGCUCGCCACCAUUGUUGAUUCUGCAAAUGGCCAACCUUUAGAAUGUGUGAUCCGAAGAGUGUUCAAGAGUUCUCAAGGGGACGAGUGUAUGCUACUCUGUCCAGUUGAUACGCCUGUUCAGAUAUUGAAGAGUGCAAAUCCUGAUGGAUGGGCAGCUGUGAGUGACAAUGAAAUUGAUGCAAUUCUUCCCACUGCUGCUUAUGCACUUGCCAAAAUACAUAUGCAUCUGGUUCUAAGCGGAUUCUGUUAUACAGCAAGGGGAGCAUUUUGUUAUUCUGAAGAGGACAUACUUGAAUUUCGCACAGAUGAUUGUCAGGACAUUGAUGGUUUGCCUUCUGAGGGUAUAGAAAUAACCUGCUUCCAUCAGGAUGGGACACAGUAUAUGAUUUAUACUCCAUCCGAUCCACUUCUAUUUUUUGCUGUGAAGGAUUCAAAUGGUCAAUUGAAAAUUGCUGAAGAUGAUCUUUUGGAGGACCCAGCCAUUAUUGGUGCACUAGAUGAGGAGACAGAAUUUAAUGCUCUGGUGGAAGAAGAAGCUGCUCUUCUCGAAUCAUUGCUGACGGAGAGGUGAUAAGUUGUACAAUUGGCUUCUUGGGACUAUUUUGAAACGUCCUCUGGUUUAUAUAUAGCAAGGGUCAGAAUAUGUGGUACAGGUUAGGUUUAUAUUAGUUGUAUAUUUGAAUGGAAAAAUGACAAAUUUUCCAUAACACAUGGUGGUGGUGGUAAUUUUUUCUAGAAUAUAUCGUGUUACUAACACUGGUGGCAUUCUUUCCUUCAA